UCCACCAUUGGUGCAGUGAUGAAGAUCAUUCUCUGGCGGAUUUGGACACUUGUCUACUUUGCGACUCUUGGCUGCAUAUGGAUUUCUGCGGUGCAGUGUACAGCUUUAAAUGGCUGCGUAAAGUACCAUGUAACUAAUGUGGGCCGGCAGCUUGAUGUUGGCAUACCAUACAACCUGAGUGAGCCGUUUAUCCAAGGAUGUCAUUUUUGGAACUCUGUAGAUCAGGAAAACUGUGCUUUAAAGUGUCGAGAGUUCUGUGAGGUCGGCUGCAGCAGUGCCAAACGUGCAUAUGAAGAGGAAGUCCUAGAAAAUGCAGACCUCCCCACUGCACCCUUUGCUUCUUCCAUUGGAAACCACAGUGUGACAUUACGAUGGUUAUCUGCCAACAUCUCUGGAGUAAAAUACAUUGUCCAGUGGAAAUAUGCACAACUUCCAGGAAGCUGGACUUACACAGAGGCUGUGUCCAAGCUCUCGUAUGUGGUUGAAUCCCUGCAUCCCUUCACUGAAUAUGUUUUCCGAGUGGUCUGGAUCUUCACAGCCCAGCUACAGCUUUAUUCUCCACCCAGUCCUGCCUAUAGGACCCAUCCUUAUGGAGUUCCUGAAACUGCCCCUGUUAUUACGAAUAUUGAGAGUUCAAGUCCCAACACUGUGGAAGUCAGCUGGGUUCCACCUCAAUUCCCAGGUGGACCUAUUUUGGGUUAUAACUUAAGACUUAUCAAUAAAAAUCAAAAAUUAGAUUCUGGAACACAGAGAACCAGUUUCCAGUUUUAUUCUACUUUACCAAAUACCACCUACAGGUUUUCUGUUGCAGCAGUAAAUGAAGUUGGUGAGGGGCCAGAAGCAAAAUCUACUAUUACGACUUCUUCCCCAGCAGUCCAGGAAGAAGAACAGUGGCUCUUUUUAUCCAGAAAAAUUUCUCUAAGAAAGAGAUCUCUAAAACAUUUAGUAGAUGAAGCACAUUGCCUUAGAUCAAAUGCUAUACACCAUAAUAUUACAGGAAUAUCAGUUAAUGUCCCCCAGCGUGCUGUUUAUUUCUCUGAAGGAAAGCUCAUAUGGGUGAAGGAGGCUGCCAACAUGUCUGAUGUGUCUGAUCUGAGAAUUUUUUAUAGAGGUUCAGGACGGAUUUCUUCUAUCUCCGUAGACUGGCUUUAUCAGAGAAUGUAUUUCAUUAUGGAGGAGCGGAUAUGUGUCUGUGAUUUAGAGAAUUGUUCAAGCAUUAAGGAAAAUCCUCUUCCCACUAAUAAUGUACCUAAAAAAAUUGUGGUUGAUUCCUACAAUGGGUAUAUCUUCUAUCUCUUGAAUGAUGGCAUUUACAGAGUGGAUCUCCCCAUGCCAUCUGCUUGGGACACUGUGCUUGGGACAGCUGUGCGAAUUGUGGAGCGUUGUACCUUAAAGGACUUUGCAGUAAAGCCACAAUCCAAGAGAAUCAUUUACUUCAACAGCACUGCCCAAGUCUUCAUGUCGACAUUUCUGGAUGGCUCUGCUUCUCAUCUUGUUCUGCCUCACGUCCCCUUUACUGAUGUGAAGAGCUUUGCUUGUGAAAACAAUGCCUUCAUUGUCACAGAUGGCAAAGCUGUUUAUCAACAGGACUCAAUGUCUUUUAAUGAGUUUAUUGUGGGAUGUGACCUGAGUCACAUAGAAGAGUUUGGGUUUGGUAACUUGGCCAUCUUUGGCUCAUCCAUCCAGACACAUCCUCUGCCAUCCCGGCCGCAGGAGCUCUCAGUGUUGUUUGGCUCUUCCCAGGCCCUGGUUCAGUGGAAGCCUCCUGCCCUUGCCAUAGGAGCCAGUGUCAUUUUGAACUGUGAUAUUGUUGAAUUCUUCCAAAUAGGCCCUUCAGCCUGGCAGAACUGGACUUAUGAGGUGAAAAUAUCAACCCAAGAUCUUCCUGAAAUCACUCAUGUUUUCUCUGACAUCCGUGAAACCAUGCUCAAUGUGCCUGAGCUCCAGAGUGCUACGAAGUACAAAGUUUCUGUGAGAGCAUGUUCUCCCAAGGGGUCAGGCCCCUGGUCAGUGCCCUCGGUGGGCACUACCUUGGUGCCAGCUACUGAACCACCAUUUAUCAUGGCUGUGAAAGAAGAUGGACUUUGGAGUAAACCGUUAAAUAGCUUUGGGCCAGGAGAGUUUUUAUCUGCUAAUAUAGGAAAUGUGUCAGAUAUGGAUUGGUAUAACAACAGCCUCUACUACAGUGACAUGAAAGGCGAUGUUUACGUGUGGCUGAUGAAUGGAACAGAUGUCUCAGAGAAUUAUCACAUACCCAAUAUUGCAGGAGCAGGGGCUUUAGCUUUUGAGUGGCUAGGCCACUUCCUCUACUGGGCUGGAAAGACAUAUGUGAUACAAAGGCAGUCAGUGUUGACAGGACAUACAGAUGUUGUGACUCACGUGAAGCUGUUGGUGAAUGACAUGGUGGUUGAUUCAGUUGGUGGAUAUCUCUAUUGGACCACACUCUACUCAGUUGAAAGCACCAGACUCAAUGGUGAAAGUUUGCUUAUACUACAGGCGCAGCCUUGGUUUUCUGGGAAAAAGGUAAUUGCCCUCACUUUAGACCUCAGGGAUGGGCUGCUGUAUUGGUUGGUUCAAGAUAGUCAGUGUAUUCACCUUUACACAGCUGUUCUUCGGGGUCAGAGAGGCACUGGGGAUACCUCCAUCACAGAAUUUGCAGCCUGGAGUUCUUCGGAAAUUUCACAGAAUGCUUUGAUGUACUAUAGCGGUCGGCUCUUCUGGAUCAACGGCUUUAGGAUGAUAACAGCUCAGGAAAUAGGUCAGAGAACCAGUGUGUCUGUUUCAGAGCCAGCCAAAUUUAAUCAAUUCACAAUUAUUCAGACAUCUCUCAAGCCUCUACCAGGAAACUUUUCCUUUACACCUAAGGUUAUCCCUGAUUCUGUUCAAGAGUCUUCAUUUAGGAUCAAAGGGAAUGCUUCUAACUUUCAAGUCUUAUGGGCUGCUCCCCCUGCAGUAGACUGGGGUAUAAUUUUCUACAACGUGGAAUUUAGUGCUCCUUCUAAGUUCCUGGAGAGUGAACAACAACUUUUACCUGUACUUGCUGUGGAAGGUCUGGAGCCUUAUGCCUUGUUGAAUAUUUCUGUCACUCCUUACACCUACUGGGGAAAAGGUCCCAAAACAUCUGUAUUGCUUCGAGCACCUGAAGCAGUCCCAUCAGCACCAGAGAGGCCAAGAAUAUUUGUAUUCCCAAAUGGAAAACACCACAACAAGCUUCAAGUUGUGGUGGAGUUUCGGUGGAACAAACCUUUACAUGAAAACGGUGUGUUAACAAGAUUUGAAAUUUUCUAUCAAAUAUGGAACCCAAGUGACACAAAGGAAAUGUUAGAAGACUGGAUUGCUGUUAAUGUCGCUCCUUCAGUGACAUCGUUUCGACUUGAGGCCAUGAGCCCUGGAUACAAAAUUGCCUUCCAGAUUCGAGUCUUCACAUCUAAGGGGCCAGGACCAUUUUCUGACAUAGUAAAAUCUAAAACAUCAGAAAUCAACGCAUUUCCUUACAUCAUAACUCUUCUUGGCAACAAGAUGGCUAUUUUAGAUAUGGAUCAAAAUCAAGUUGUGUGGACCUUUUCAGCAGAAAGAGACGUGGGUGCAGUAGGCUACACAGCAGAUGACAAGAUGGGCUAUUACACUCAGGGAGACACGCUUUUCCUUCUCAACUUGAGCAACCGUUCCAGCUCUGAGCUAUUCCGGGAUGCUCUGGCUCAUGAUAUCAAAAUUAUUGCACUUGACUGGAUUUCAAGGCAUCUCUACUUUGUAUGGAAAGAUUCACAAAAUGGAAUACAAAUAUUUGAUGUGGAUCUUGAGCACAAAGUGAAACAUCCCAAGGAGCUGAAGAUUUGCAACAGGAACUCAACUAUAGCUUCCUUUUCUGUGUAUCCUCUUUUAAGCCGCCUGUAUUGGACAGAAGUUUCUGAUUUUGGCUAUCAGAUGUUCUAUUGCAGUAUUAUCGAUCACAGCUUGCAUCGCAUCCUGCAACCCACAGCCACAAACCAAGAUGGAAGAAGUCAAUGUACUUGUAAUAUCACUGAAUAUGAGUUAAGUGCAGCAAUGACUCUUGAUAGUUCUGACUUAAAAUACCCAAAGAUAUACUUUGCCAAAGAACAGGAGAUCUGGGCCACUGAUCUGGAAGGAUGUCAAUGUUGGAGAGUUAUCAUGGUGCCUUUUAUGCAAGGAAAAACUAUUGUUAGCUUAACUGUGGAUGGGGAGUUUCUUUACUGGAUCAUGCCAGAGAAGGACAGCUCACAGAUUCAUCAAGCAAGGAAAAGCAAUGGGGCCAUCCUCUCCCAGACGAAGGUCCUAAGAGGGACACAUAUCUUGGCUUACAGUUCAGCUGUACAGCCUUUUCCAGAUAAAGCAUUUCUGUCUCUAGCUUCAGAUAUUGCAGAACCAACUCUACUUAAUGCCACUAACACUAGCAUUACCAUUAGAUUACCUCCUGCCAAGACAAAACUCGUAUUGCAUGGCAUCACCAACCCUACUCCAACAUAUCUGGUUUAUUACACGGAAGUUAAGGAUGAGAAAAACAGCUCUGAACUGGGAUAUAGAGUGCUGGAAUUUCAGGGCAGGAUAGCCCAAAUUGAGGGUUUGCAACCAUUUUCAACAUAUAUCAUGAGGAUAGCUAUGAAGAAUUAUUAUUCAGAUCCUAUGGAAGAGUUACCUAUGGGAAAGGCGAUUUGGGGAAAAACUGAAAGUGGAGUACCAGAGGCAGUUUUUCUCAUUAAUGCCACUGUAUGGUCAGACACCAGCCUCGUUAUUUCCUGGAGAGAAUCUCACAGGCCAAAUGGACCUAAAGAAUCAGUCCGUUAUCAGUUGGUGAUUUCACAUCUGGCCAGAAUUCCCGAGACUCCUAUAAGACAAAGUGAAUUUCCAAGUGGAAAGCUUACUCUCCUAGUUCCUGGACUGUCUGGUGGACAAUUAUAUGUAUUAAAGGUUCUGGCCUGUCACUCAGAGGAAAUGUGGUGUACCGAGAGUCGUCCCAUCACUGUCAAAACGUUCCAUACGCCAGAGAAACCGUAUGCCUUGUGCCCGGAGAACACUAGCCUGCAGUUAGAGUGGAAGGCGCCAUCUAAUGUUAAGCUUGUCCGAUUUUGGUUUGAACUCCAGAAGUGGAGAGACAAUGGGUUUUACCAUGUUAAAACCUCAUGUACCCACACUCAGGCUUAUGUCUGUAACAUCUCAGACCUCCAACCUUACACUUCUUAUAACGUCCGAGUGGUGGUUGUUUAUAUGACAGGAGAAAACAGCACCUCACCUGCAGAGAGCUUUAAGACAAAAGCUGGAGUUCCAAGUAAACCAGGUAUUCCUAAAUUAUUAGAAGGGAGUGAAAAUUCAAUACAAUGGGAAAAAGCUGAGGAUCGUGGAAGUAGACUUUUGUAUUAUAUUCUUGAGAUCAGACAGGGAACUUCAAAUGAUUCACAGAACCAGAAUUUAAGCUGGAAGAUGGCAUUUAAUGGAUCCUGCAGUAGCAUUUGCACAUGGAAGUCCAAAAACCUGAAAGGAACAUUUCAAUUCAGAGUUGUAGCUGCAAAUAAUCUGGGCUUUGGUGAAUACAGUGGAAUCAGUGAGGAUAUUUUAUUAGCUAGAGAUGGCUUCUGGAUACCAGAAACAAGCUUUGUGCUUAUUAUUAUAGUUGGAAUAUUUCUGGUUGUUAUUAUUCCCUUGACAUUUGUCUGGCAGAGGAGAUUAAAGAAUCAAAAGACUUCCAAAGAAGGACUGGCCAUUUUUACAAAUGAAGACAAAGAACUGACUGAAUUGCGAGAUUUGGGAGCUGGAGUGGGGCUGGCGAAUGCCUGUUACGCCAUACAUACUUUACCAACCCAAGAAGAGAUAAAAAAUCUUCCUACUUUCCCUCGAGAAAAACUAACUCUUCGUGUCUUGUUGGGAAGUGGGGCCUUUGGAGAAGUGUAUGAAGGGACAGCAGUAGACAUCUUGGGAAUUGGAAGUGGAGAAAUCAAAGUUGCAGUGAAGACUUUGAAGAAGGGUUCCACAGACCAGGAGAAGAUAGAAUUUCUGAAGGAGGCACAUCUGAUGAGCAAGUUUAAUCAUCCCAACAUUCUGAAGCAGCUUGGGGUUUGUCUGUUAAAUGAACCCCAGUACAUUAUCCUGGAACUGAUGGAAGGAGGAGACCUUCUGACCUAUUUGCGCAAAGCUCGGAUGACUACGUUUCAUGGUCCUUUACUCACCUUGGUUGACCUUACAGAUGUGUGUGUAGAUGUUUCAAAAGGCUGUGUAUACUUGGAGCAGCUGCACUUUAUUCACAGGGAUCUGGCAGCUCGAAAUUGUCUUGUGUCUGUGAAAGACUAUACUAGUCCUUCGCGGAUAGUGAAGAUUGGGGACUUUGGACUUGCCAGGGACAUCUAUAAAAAUGAUUACUACAGAAAGAGGGGGGAAGGACUGCUCCCUGUGCGGUGGAUGGCUCCAGAGAGUUUGAUGGAUGGAAUCUUCACUACCGAAUCUGACGUAUGGUCUUUUGGAAUUCUGAUUUGGGAGAUUUUAACUCUUGGGCAUCAGCCUUAUCCAGCUCAUUCCAACCUUGAUGUUUUAAACUAUGUGCAAACAGGAGGAAGACUAGAACCACCAAGAAAUUGUCCUGAUGAUCUGUGGAAUUUAAUGAGCCAAUGCUGGGCUCAAGAACCUGACCAAAGACCUAGUUUCCAUAAAAUUCAAGACCAGCUUCAGUUAUUCAAACUGUGUUUCUUAAAUAGUAUCUCUCAGCGUCAAGAUGAAGGAGCCACUACUGGAAUCAUAAAUGAAAGCUUUGAAGGUGAAGAUGUAAGUAUGAUUUGUUUGCAUUCAGAUGAUGUGAGACCAAUUGCUUUAAUGGAAACCAAGAACCAAGAAGGGCUAAACUAUAUGGUACUUACUACAGACUGUAGUCAACGGGAGGAAAAUUCAAAGGGUCCUGUAGGCUCCAAGGAAUCUGAGUCUUGUGGUCUGAGGAAAGCAGAGAAGGAACUACAUGCAGACAAAGAUUUCUGCCAAGAAAAACAAGUGGCUUACUGCCUUCCUGGCAAGCCUGAAGGCCUGAACUAUGCCUGUCUCACUCACAGUGGAUAUGGAGAUGGGUCUGAUUAAGAGUGCUGUUUGGGAAACACAGA